UAUUUGACUUCCUCAUUUUCAACAAUUCCUGUAUUUCUGCACUCUUUCAGUGAGGUUCAUGUGGUGAGUCCACUUUCAUCCAUUAGGUGGCUGGUUGCUGCUAAAGAUAACUCAUUUCCUCAUUGGACUCUAAAAACAUCAUCUUUUAUUCUCGCUGCGGCCUCAUUUGGGAGCAGGUUUCUGUCCGUGAAUAUGGGGACAAACAAGGUGUUACUGAGCCUCCUCCUUGUUUCAGGUGCGUGGGCGUGUAACCAGGACCUACUCGUCACUGCGCCACACAGGAUGGAAGCACUGAGUGGAUCUUGUUUGCAGAUCCCGUGUAACUUCAGUGCCAAAAAUGGUCACGACUUCAUCAACACGACAACCUUCGGAUUGUGGAUUAAGAACGAUUCCGAUGUUCACAACAAUCAAAACAAUUUGAUCUUCGACAGUAGAGGGACAGUUACCACAUAUCCGAUGGAGUUCAUUGGAAAGCUGAAUAAGAAAAACUGCACCACUUUAUUUUCUAGUUUACAAAUAAUUUACACAGACGUAUAUUUCUUCAGAGCUGAGAACGACGUAUUCAUGGCAACAUCUACUUGUGAUUCUUUUCGAAUAACAGUUCAAGAUUCUGCUCCAAAGCCCAGGAUUGAGAUCCCAGCUGCUCUGAAGGAGAAAGAGUCUGUCUCCGUCAGCUGCCACACUCUGUCCACACCUCCUAAACUCACCUGGAACCUCCAGCAAGACGCUCCCGCCAUGAUGGAGGAAAACACAGAUCGGACCUUCACAACAAAGAUCCAGAAGAUCAUGGCUCUGUCAGAGGAACACGAUGGAUUCACCAUCACCUGUUCUGCCUCAUAUCCUGUGAAUGAAGGAACAGAUAAGAAGACGGCAGAGGAGACAACGACUCUCAAGGUCUCCUACGCUCCCAAGGACACCUCGGCGUCCAUCAGUCCAUCAGGUCCGGUGUCGGCAGGUAGCUGGGUGAACCUGACCUGCUCCAGCAGAGCCAAUCCUCCCGUCAGCCGCUUCCUCUGGUUCAAGAACAGCCUCGAUGGACCCGUCACUGUGUUUCAAGGAGACUUUUACCGCUUCAAUGUCACCGAUGGAGGCGUUUAUUACUGUGUGGCCACCAAUCAGCUUGGUAAUCAAUCAUCAUCAGAGAUCCAUCUGACUAUCGAAGUGAAACGGCUUGAAAGUUUUUUACCAUGGAUCGCAGUUGUUGGAGUGAUCAUUGUACUCAUCUGUGUAGGUGUUGUUAUUUGGUGGUUGAAGUCAAAACGUUUAACUUUACAACAGACACAGAACCAAACCGCUCUGGAGCCAGCAGUUCAAGGGCCGGCCGCAGCUACAGAAACAGGGGACGUCCAUUACGGAGAGAUUGACUUCUCCAAGUGGAGACCUGGACCGGCCUCGGCCCCGGUGCAGCAAGGUGGACAUCAGCAGGAGUCGCUGUACGCUCAGGUCAACGUGUCCACGACCGUGAAGAGCUCAACACAGACUGGCAGCCCGGAGGAUCUAGGCUCAAGUCUUGUGCAAAUGAGUGUGUGAACAUUAAUGUUAUGAAACAAAUAUGCUGUUAUUGUUAUCCUGACAUGGGAAUCUUUUCUUCAGUUGUUUGCAAUAUAUUUAAAGUGUAAUAUAUUUAAAUGUAUCAGUAUGUGAUGUAACGCCCUACUCUGUGUCUCCCCAGUGUGUCUUGAGUGUUCAUUCCCUUCACCUGCUGCCCUCAGCCACUCCUCUGUCUCCCUGAUUACUGUGGUGUUUCCUCUUAUACAUGCUCCCAGUAUUUCCCUUGUCCCCAGUUGGAUUGUUGUCUCUGUUACCAUGAUUAAUUCCUGUCUUCACGAGUGUAAUUUCUUCCUGUCCUGGUUCCUGUCGUAGAUUCCCAGUGUUUUGGCUCUCGUGUAAAGUUAAAGAGUUUUCAUGUUUAACCUUUUUCUCAAGUAAAGAGAGUUUCCGUUCCCUUUACCUGUGGUAUUGCCUGCUUCCUCCUCAACUGAGCUCUUGCCCCACAAAACCCGUGACAUCCGUGACACGUGAGGUGUUUAUAGAUCUCUGAAUUCCUUUUCGGCCACACAUGGGCAUCUGAUUUGUUUACGUAACAUGAGUCGCAUUUCUAUAUGAUAAAGGGAUCUGUGUUUAGAUUAUUGCAGCUCAUUAAAAAUAUGAUGGAGUCGUUGUUUCUGCAUGCAAAGGUAAAGAAAGGUGUGCCCUUUAAUACAAGAGGUAGUUUCAAUGCCACAAGUACCAUGUCUUUGUGUUUUGGCACUUACAAAAACAUUACACAAUGUUUUUGCUCGCUAAAACACAAUCACACUGUGGAACAAGCAAGCCAAACAAAUCUCAUUAUGAUGUCAUUGUAGUGUCAUAAUGCAAGCCAAACCAAUCAGAUGGGUUAACUUCCUUUUCCUUCACACGGCUCUUUCAUGGGAGAUUGUGGUCAGCAGGAAGUCCAUCGAUAAGGGGCAAACCUUUUCCCUUUAGUUACUGUACUGUGGUCAGUCCACUUGUUUAAAGUGUUGCAUUUCAUAAAUAAAAAGUUGCAAUUGU